AUGGCUGGAGGUGGCUAUGUCCCCGAUAGCGGAACAAAGCAGUUCCAAGGCCGCGUCACCGGGUUCGUGCUCAUCGCCUGCAUAGUUGCAGCAUGUGGAGGUCUGAUCUUCGGGUACGACAUCGGGAUCUCGGGUGGUGUCACCUCCAUGGAUUCGUUCUUGAGCAAGUUCUUCCCUUCCGUGUACAGGAAGGAAAAAGAAGGCCACCACGAGAGCAUGUACUGCAAAUUCGACAGCCAUCUCCUCACAUUGUUCACCUCAUCCCUCUACCUCGCCGCCCUGUUCGCCUCCGCGGUCGCAGCCUAUGUCACCAAGGUUUUCGGCCGAAAGAUCUCGAUGCUGUUCGGAGGCAUCGUGUUCCUCGCCGGAGCGAUCCUCAACGGUGUAGCAGUCGACGUGGCGAUGCUCAUCGUCGGUCGCCUGCUUCUCGGUGUUGGGGUCGGGUUCGCCAACCAGUCUGUCCCGCUCUAUCUGUCCGAGAUGGCGCCUUCCCAGCUCAGGGGAGCUCUCAACAUCGGGUUCCAGAUGGCGAUCACCAUCGGCAUCUUGGUCGCAGGUUUGAUCAACUUUACAUUUGCUUCCAAGGACUGGGGAUGGAGAGCAUCCUUGGGGCUCGCUGCGGUUCCUGCCAUCAUGAUCACCGUGGGGUCCAUCUUUCUGCCGGACACCCCGAACUCGAUCCUGGCACGGGGCAACACGGAGAAGGCGAGGGAGAUGUUGAAGAAGAUCCGCGGCACUGACAAUGUCGACGAGGAGUUCCAGGACCUGAUCGACGCGACCCAUGCUGCAAUGAGAGUGGAUGGCCAGUGGUCGACCAUCUUGAAGCCGGAGUACAGGCCUCAUUUGGCUAUCUGCUUCCUUGUGCCUUUCUUCCAGCAGUUCACUGGGAUCAAUGUGAUCAUGUUCUACGCACCAGUCCUGUUCAAGACUCUGGGAUUCGGUGACGAUGCUUCCCUCAUGUCUGCUGUCAUCACUGGCCUUGUCAAUGUCUUUGCGACCUUCAUUUCGAUCUUGGCGGUGGAUAGGUUGGGGAGAAGGGCUCUGUUCCUGGAAGGAGGCAUUCAAAUGAUUGUUAGUCAGGUAAGGCUGGAAGUGCUUGUUGCAGUGAUGAUCGCGAAGGCAUUUGGGUCUGCAGGAGUUGGGGUGAUGUCUAAAGCCGACUCGCUGCUCGUGCUGAUCCUGAUCUGCUUCUAUGUGGCGGCAUUUGCGUGGUCAUGGGGGCCGUUGGGGUGGCUGGUGCCGAGCGAGAUCUGCCCUCUGGAGAUCCGAUCAGCGGGACAGGCCAUCAAUGUGGCUGUGAACAUGGCCUUCACGUUCAUCAUCGGCCAGUUCUUCCUCACCAUGCUCUGCCACAUGAAGUUCGGGCUUUUCCUCUUCUUCGCCUGCUGGGUGGUGGUGAUGACGCUCUUCAUCUACUUCUUCCUACCGGAGACCAAGAACGUCCCCAUUGAAGAGAUGAACAAUGUAUGGAGGAAGCACUGGUUCUGGGGACAGUAUAUCCCGGACGAUGCUGUGAUUGGCACCGCCAGCAGUACCAAGAUCAAGGAUAUGGAGGCUUGA